GUCCUCCAUAGUCCGUCAUCAUCAUCAGUCAACUCAUCAUCAUAACAUCAAUCAACCAACUCGACUCAAAUAAGUUGCCAAGUUGCUUGAUUUUUAAACACUUGCGCGAUUUAGUAUUUUCAAUAGACAUUUUUUAAAUAAAAAACUUAGAAGUGAUGCAUCACUUAGUUGGAAAUUAAUUCUUGACUCAGUAUUGUUAUUGAUAUUCGCUAGAUAAUUAUUUGAGGUUAAGUUAUAUAAGUCAACUAAAAUUCAAAGGUUAAGUUAGCUAAUACUUUGAUCAAGUUAGGUGAGGUCAAUCAAAGUGCAAAUUAAUUUACCCAAUCAUCAAUUAAUUACAAGACACUGCAGUGCACAAGCUACCAUUACCAUGUUUUCUUCAAAGGUGCUCAGUUCUGGCUUGCUUCAAAGUGUCAAGGUGUCUUCUAGAUUUCAAAGUACUCUAAUCAUCGCCGAACACAAUAACGAGAAAUUGGCCCCCAUAACGAGACAUGCCGUAACUGCUGCUACUGCUCUUGGUGGUGAAACUUCUGUCCUUGUGGCAGGUACCAAAUGUUCACAGGUCGCCGACGAGCUCAGCAAGAUUCCAGGUCUGUCAAAGGUGCUGGUCGCAGAACACGCAGCUUUCAACGGGUUUCUCCCUGAGAGUCUGACACCGCUGAUCCUUGCUACACAGAAACAGUUCAACUUCACGCACAUCCUUGCCGGUGCAACGGCGUUCAGCAAGGGUUUGCUUCCUCGUGUUGCUGCUAAACUCGAUGUCUCACCGAUUUCUGAUGUCAUCGCCAUCAAGGCCCCCGAUACAUUUGUGCGCCAGAUCUAUGCAGGUAACGCCAUUAUGACGCUUAAGUCCAAAGAAGCAGUGAAAGUAUUGACGGUGAGAGGUACCAGUUUUGCCCCAGCAGAUGAAACAGGUGGCUCCGCCAAGUCGGAGGCAGCCCCUGCUGGGGAAUACGCAGCCAAGGGAGCCGAGUUUGUCAAACAAGAACUUACCAAGAGCGACCGACCAGAGCUGACUGCGGCCAAGGUCAUCGUUAGUGGAGGGAGAGGCCUCAAGUCUGGAGAUAACUUCAAGCUGUUGUACGCUCUUGCUGAUAAGCUGGGUGCUGCUGUAGGAGCAUCCCGAGCCGCUGUAGACGCGGGCUUUGUCCCCAACGAUCUACAGAUCGGCCAGACCGGCAAGAUUGUGGCUCCCGAACUGUACAUCGCUGUAGGAAUAUCUGGUGCCAUUCAGCAUUUGGCUGGUAUGAAAGACUCCAAGACAAUAGUAGCAAUUAACAAAGAUGCUGAGGCUCCGAUCUUUCAAGUCUCGGACUACGGUUUGGUGGCAGACCUCUUCAAAGCUGUACCAGAGCUGACUGAGAAAUUAUAAUAUUUUAUAUAGUAUAAUCUUUAAAUAUAAUAUAUGCUCCUGAACAGUUCCAAAAACACUAUUAAUUAUGUUUCAAGUUUUACAAAAUCAGGUGGAAAAGAUAUUUUACACACCGAUAAAAAUUAUAAACCUUUUUUACUAACAAUAUAUUUCAUGUGAGGUUCAUUUUUUUAGCGGUUUUACUUAUUCUGUUGAGAUUUAUUUGGCUUUUACUUCUAUUUCUACUUCAUUUCGAGGGAUUAUUUGGACUGUUUUUACUUUUCUUCAUUGCUAUGUAAAAUGCUUUAUGUGCUAACUUAUAUUGCAUGUCGUUGCUUGUAACUCGUGUAUACAUUGUUAUUAUUUUGUUUAGAGUUUGUCUAAGUCAUCAUUGAAAGUUUUUUUUCUAUAAUCGAUGGACUGUAUACAUAGCAAAACAUUUUCAAUUGUUGAAAUAUAUUUUUAUAGAUACUUGUUAA